CUACUUACGUAGAACUACUCCAAACUACUUCUAUAAAUUCUCUAACUACUUCUCCUUUUGAUACACCAUUAUUUGCUUCUUCAUAUUUCCUUUGAUUUCUCCUUCUUCUGUACCUUUUGUAGCCUUUCAUCAUUGAACAGAGAAGGGCAAACAAUUUAAGGUUUCCUAUACAUAUAUAUACAUCUUAAGCUUUCUUGAUUUUAUCAUGGCUGAUCCAAUCACUGCUGCUGCAAUUGGUGCUGCUAUAACUGCUACUGCUACUUUAACUGCUGCAGCCAUUGCUGGAACAAUCGCGACUACGAACCUGGUUUACCAAGUAGGGAAAGAUGUGCGUGCCGCUCGUAAAAAGAAAACCUCUUACUUAAACAGCCUGCAGAAGAACUACGAAAUGCUAGAGAUGAAGUUACAGAAACUCAUUGCUCUUGCCAUGGAUAUGGAUCGGGCUAUUGUCAUAACAGAGAAAGUUAAGAAUAGUAGCACUUUCAAGACAUGGAAAACGAGGGUAGAGGAGAUUCAGACAGAAGUGAGGGCUUUGCUUAACGAAUAUGAAAGCAUUAGCCAAAGCAAGAAGAAAAAGAAAGUCUCGCUUAGCCAGAAGAUGGAGGAGAAGUGCAUGGAAGUUAGCGGACUAGUGGAGGAAGGAACUGUUAUGAUUGCACACUUUUGAUCAUUUCUUGUUGGAUUAUUAGAACUAAAGCAGGAUGACUGUUUGCUUCAAUGGCUUGAUGGUGUGGGAAGUAGAUGUCAUAAAUAAAUAAUUGAUAGGUUGUUCUUGUUGUCAAAAUUUUAAUUCUCGCUGUGAGUAAACAUAUAUGACUAUUCUAAGAAUAAAUAUAUAUGUAUUCUUUUAAGUUGUAACCGCUCAUUGUUUUUAUUUUAAAUACUGAAGUUUGACACUUCUCUUUA